CGCGCCCACUGCUCUGUAUGGCUACGUACCUGCGCACGGAGAGCUCACACGACGAGAAGCAAAAUAUUCAGACGAAAAACAUGGCGAGGUUAAGUGAGCAUGGGAUUCGCCUGAGUUCUAUGAGUCCUUCCUUCCUGAACAGCAACUCCACAAGUCAUACCUGGCCUUUCAGCGCUGUGGCAGAAUUAAUAGACAAUGCCUCAGACCCCGGUGUGUCCGCUAAACAGUUCUGGAUAGAUGUAGUUCAUGAAACGGAUCACCUCUGUCUGUCUUUCAUCGAUAAUGGCAGCGGCAUGACCCCCAACAAACUGCACAAGAUGCUCAGCUUUGGUUUUACAGAGAAGGGCUCGGGGAGGGCCAGUCAGCAGGCCAUCGGGGUUUACGGGAACGGCUUUAAGUCGGGCUCCAUGCGCUUGGGGCGUGACGCGCUCAUCUUCACCAAGAACGGCGGCUGUCAGACUGUGGGGAUGCUGUCGCAGACCUACCUGGAAAGCAUUAAAGCCCAGGCUGUCAUCGUCCCCAUUGUCCCUUUCAACCAGCAAACCAAGUUAUUAGUUGUGACCGAGGAUUCACAGGCCAGUCUGACGGCCGUCCUCGACCACUCGAUCGUCAAAUCCCUGGAGCAGAUACAUUCACAUUUUGACUCAAUUCCCUCCAAAAAAGGCACCAAGAUAUUAAUCUGGAACAUCCGCAGAGCUAAAGACGGUAAGAUGGAGCUCGACUUUGAGACCGAUCCGAAUGACAUUCGUUUGCCUGAGAUUCAGAUCGAAGAGUUGAAGAAGGGGCUGAAGAAUAGCGGAUCCUUGAGAACUGAGCAGAACAUCCCAGACAUGCAUUACAGUCUCAGGGCCUACCUCAGUAUCCUGUAUCUGAAGCCGAAAACACAGAUCAUACUGAGGAGGAAGAAGAUUCAGGCCAAACUGGUAGCGAAGAGGCUGAUACACAUUGAGCAUGACGUCUACAAACCCCACUUCAGUAAAGACAAAGUGAAGGUGACCUUUGGACUUAACCCAAAAAACAAGGAUCACUAUGGGAUUAUGAUGUACCACAAGAAUCGUCUCAUUAAGGCGUAUGAGAAAGUGGGCUGCCAGCUAAAGACUUCGGGCCUAAGAGCGGGCAUUGGCGUCAUCGGCGUCAUUGAGUGCAAUUUUCUGAAACCUGCUCAUAACAAGCAAGACUUUGAGUACACCAAAGAGUACAGACUGACCCUCGGAGCUUUGGGCCUAAAACUCAACGACUACUGGAAGGAGGUGACAGAGAAGAAGGCCAGAGAGCGAGAGUUUCAGGCUCUAGACAAAAAUGAGAAGGAGGUCCAGGAGGAUGUCGAUGAAAGCUGCUCGUCACCAGAGGAAACAGAAGAACACGAGGAGCUGUUAACACCGAGCUAUCAGAAAAGCCACAAGAAACUAGAGUACUCCAGAGGCACAAAGCGAAAAUCAUUAGAGGUGUCUGAGGUAGAGGAACAAGUGUCUAAACAUCAAAUAGUCUUACGGAGUUCAUCUAAGCCCACCAAAGUGGAAAACGCAGAUGAACUCACAGAUCUAAAUGACACUUUCGCGAAUGACGAUGCGGAGUCAGAGUCGGACACGGACACGCAAACGCAGGAGGAGGCCGCUGGAAGAGACACGGUCACUAAAAAGAAGAAUGAAAUUGCAAAAGGAGCGUCGCCCAAGGAAAAUGAGAUAAGUGACAAGAGGCUUCAGGAUGAAGAGAGCGACAAAACGGAAAACGCAGACAUGGAGACAGAAGAGGAGGAGCACUUAGAAACUUUAAGGAUGUCAGAUUCAAUAUUGUGCGUUGUUAAAAAGAAGCGGUACCUUUGGAAGCUUCACCAGUCCGAUUCAGCAGUUACGGAUAAGGAGUUGCAUUCUGGGAAACAAAGUGAUAUAGUCAAGACAUUAUCCCCAGAAAAAAACAAAAAGGACGCCAGCAGCCGGGUAGAGAACUCAGACACAAACCCACCGCAAACCCACACCGGCAACACGUGGCAGCACUCACUCCCCUCCACACAGACUGUGAAAGUGCCCCCGCUGAGCCGAACAGAAGGGCAGCAGAGCAGGGUGCUGCCCACGGAAGGGGUUAACCGGGAGGCUAAAAUGCAGAGGCUGGUUGGGUUGGAGAAAGAGGCUGAGAAGCUCCGCAGCCUUCUAGGUCUGGAAAUCACAAAGACAACUCAAGGAACGAUGACAAAUGAUGACAGCGACGAAAAAAGUCCAACGCAGACGCUGGAGAAACCAUCGGGACGCAAAGAGGUCGGCUGUCAGACGGACAUGGCUGAGUGCUCUACUUCAUCCUCUGGCCUGAUUCAGGCUGCAGAACUUCACGGGUUAAAAGCUGUGAGUGAGUCCAACAACCAGCCUGAACUGAGCAGAGCCAGGAAGGAAAAGACUGACAGCCAGACGAGAACAAGACUCAGUGACACUGAGGCCCGUGAAGACAACAGGUCUGUGCAGGAGAAUCUGCAUGACAUCCGCCACAACGUUGUAGUGCUUCUCACGGCCCUCCUGCCCCAGCUGGACCUGGCCGGCAUCAGCCUGGACACCAAUGAUGUAGACAACAUCCUGCAGCAGAUCAUAGAGGUCAACUCCCUGAAGCUAUGAUCAGCAGUCCAGCAGAAGUCAAUUAUUAUUCGUUGUGUUACACAUACUUACACAGUUGUGUUUGGAUCAGUUAAACUAUUUGUUACUUCAGUAUACAAUAUGCAUACGUUAAUAAUUCUCUUUCUGUUGAUUUGGAGAGUAAUGUCAUUCCCAUGUUUUUCAUAUUCCUGGUGCUGCAUGUGGAUUACGUGUAUAAUAAUGAAGAUUAUAAAACCUGGUAAUAUUUGUGUUCCGUGUGGUAAUCAGUUUGCAGUGUUAAAAUAAAAGACAUGUAUCGAA